AUGCAUAGGAAGUCGGGUGCACCAGUGGUCUGCAUCACGGUGCGACACGUCACCGAUCUGGCAUUGCCCGUCAAAUUAGUGCAUAGUGAGACCUAUAGGCUGCGCAGGCCUAGCGAAACCGUUUUCCGUUUCCGGCGCGACUUCACGAGCGCACCAUGGAUGCAGGUCCUCGGGCGUUCUCCCACUAAUAUGCAGACUAGUAUAGAGCAAACAUUAUCCCGUCUCAAAAACAGAGCAAGUACUGUGGAUGUCAUCAACGGCCAAUAUACAGCACGUCUCUUCAUCUCAUCAUUCCUUGAACCCGGCCUCGUCACGCUCGCUGCUUGCCGCUUGGAGGAGCUAGGUGCACGCCGUCGAGCGCUCAUCCGCCAGCCGAGCAUGCCCGUUCAGGCUCCCAUCGACGACCUUGACAUUGCAUCGCAGCGACAGAAACGCUGGACGCCGAGGGUCCGUACAGGUUGCUACACAUGCCGCACUCGCCGCAUCAAAUGCGACGAGGCCCAGCCAACCUGCAAACGAUGCCGUAUUCGAGGACUGAAGUGUGACUACCCGCUGCGGCCGCAGCACCGGCCGCAGGAAAAGCUGUCUCUCAGCGUCCCCCAACCUCCCGAAUGGGCCUUUGCCGAGGCCCUGCGGUAUUAUUUGACAGUCAUUCUGCAGCCCAGGACGGGCGAGACCCCCAAAGUGCCCACACCCGAGGAGCACAUGAAGAACUACCGACCAGACAUGCAUAUAUCUCGACAGGAAUCGAUACCGUCGUUUGUGAUGCUCGUCAUUAACACCCACAUCACCCACAUAAGCCAAGCUAAUAGCGUUCGGAAAGUACCAGGCUCUUGGCCCGCCAUCAAUCACCUCUGGCGCUUGUUUUUUAACUACAUGGCGAAAGCUAUUCAACAUCUCAACCGAUGCAUUGCUACGGAUUUUCCACCGCGCUAUAAUCUCUUCAGAAUCGUUGAUCUCCUUAGUAUUGAAUUGGACAUGAUCGACUCAACAUUCUGGCAGGCGCACUGUAGGGGAUUUCUCGCCCUCGUUGAGGUAUAUGGGGGCGUCGAUGCUGUCAUCAAAUCUGCCAAUAAUCCUUCCCCCGUGUUGGCCCUGCAAUUUGUGUUCAUGCAUGGGUUGAUAAACAACACGGCUAGUCCAGUUAACGAUCAAAUAAGCGAAUUCGACAAUUUCAAAGAAGCAGACAUACUACGCAUAUAUUGCGACAUGUACUUUCGAGUCUUUCCAUGUCCCAGCUUCCUCUUUCUGGCUAUUGUACGAAUCACUCGUCUGCGCGUCUUGGCGGCAACACUAGGGUCAGAAUCGCUCGAGCUGCUGUCGGUCGCGAAACAUAUAUCGGACGAAGUGUACGAAUUUAUGCCUGAUCGCUGGACAGAGACUUACAAGCUGCCAUUUGACCCCAAAAUCUACACCUUUGCACGGGUAUUCAAAGCCACGACGAUUUUGUACGCGCUGCUCUCUCUUCCACAAAACCAAGCGCAGCCGUUUUGCCGUGCAGAAUUUGCCAACGGCCGUGACCCGCGGCUGCACUACCGUGAUGUUCUUGCGACGGCCAUUACGAAGGCAAGCACCGUUCAGUUUGGCAUGGCUGGCAUGUGUUGGCCGCUGGCUGUGCUAGGUGUGUCUUUGUACGAUGGUCCUCCGGAGGAGCAGGCUGGUGUUAUAGGCUGGCUGAAGGAUAUGGAAAAGCUUCCGACAGUCGCCUCUGGGCCGGUCACGCUGCAGCAGAUGCUGCCGGAAUUCUGGGCUUCUGGGAAACGUGGCUGGGAAGAUUGUUUCUAUAAGCUUUCUCAAGUCGCAGCGUAG